CUUUUUGCGGAUACAGACUAACACGGCUGCUACUCUGAAACCUAGAGAUCUGUAGAUCUCUGGCUGCCAGAGCAGUAUCAAAGAGCUGAGAUAUCCUUAGUUACAGUGAGGCUGGGUCCCUGGUAUGAGCCAGUCCCUGCAAUGAGGAUGCACAUGCCUAUCUCUGUGCUCUGCAGCUCCCACUUGCUGUGGUCUGGAGCACUGCGGAACCUGUCAGCAGUCACGUAGGCCUGUGCAAAUAACAGCACUUGUGACUAAGCAGUGUUUUCUUCAGAAAACUUCUCAAUCCCAGGCUUGAAAGAGAAUUGAUCCUUCUUGGGUCAGGUGCCAAGAGCCAAGAAUAUAGCCCAGGUGGGAUAUUGAAGACCCAUUGAGAACAUCAUUAAGGCCUGGUCUACACUAGGAGGUUAUGUCGAAUUUAGCAGCGUUAAAUCGAAUUAACCCUGCACCUGUCCACACAACGAAGCUAUUUAGUUCGACAUAGAGGUCUCUUUAAAUCGAUUUCUGUACUCCUCCCCGAUGAGGGGAGUAGCGCUAAAUUCGACAUGGCCAUGUCGAAUUAGGGUAGGUGUGGAUGGAAUUUGACGCUAAUAGCUCUGGGAGCUAUCCCACAGUGCACCACUCUGUUGACGCUCUGGACAGCAGUCCGAGCUCGGAUGCUCUGACCAGCCACACAGGAAAAGCCCCGGGAAAAUUUGAAUUCCUUUUCCUGUCUGGGCAGUUUGAAUCUCAUUUCCUGUUUGGAUGUCGUGGCGAGCUCAGCAGCACUGGCAAUGAUGCAGAGCUCUCCAGCAGAGGUGACCAUGCAAUCGCAGAAUAGAAAGAGGGCCCCAGCAUGGACUGAUCGGGAAGUCUUGGAUCUGAUCGCUGUGUGGGGCGAUGAGUCCGUGCUUUCGGAGCUGCGAUCGAAAAAACUGAAUGCGAAGGUCUACGAGAAGAUCUCCAAAGCCAUGACGGAGAGAGGAUACAGCCGGGAUGCAACGCAGUGCCGCGUGAAAAUCAAGGACCUGAAUCAAGGCUAUCAGAAGACCAAAGCGGCAAAUGGACGAUCCGGAUCCCAGCCCCAGACAUGCCGUUUCUACGAGGCACUGCAUUCUAUUCUAGGUGCAGCUGCCACCACUACCCCGCCAGUGACUGUGGACUCUGACAAUGGAGUAUUGUCGACGGCCGCUUCCUCGGAGAUUUCGCGGACGGGGAAGAUGAGGAAGGAGAUGAGGAGGAUGAGGCAGUUGACAGCGCAUACAACGCUGAUUUCAGCAGACAGCCAGGAUCUCUUCAUCACCCUCACGGAGAUCCCUUACCAACCCUGACCCUGAAUCAGGGGAAGGAUCAGUCGGUAAGUGUUUUAAACAUGUAAACAUUUAUUUUGAUCAGAACAGGAAUGGAAUAUUAACAAUGGGUUUUUCAUGAUUACUUUGCCCUAGGCGCUCUACUUUUUAGUCCUUGCCAGUGCAGCUACUGGAAAAUUGUGUCAAUAUGUCCGGGGAUAGAGCAGAAAUCCUCCUGGGACAUCUCCAUGAAGCUCUCCUGGAGCUGCGAGUGUCUCCCGACCUACCCCGGCAUCCCCUUCCCAGAGGCUGGCACAGAUUAGGUGCCGAAAGAGAAGGACACGGGACGAGAUGUUCUCCGAACUUAUGGGCUGCUCCCGAGCUGAGGCGGCACAGCAGACCCAGUGGAGGGAGAACAUGUCGCAAUACCAGCGAUCACACAGCGAACGGGAGGACAGAUGGCGGCAGGAAGACCAGCAGGUGACUCAAACGCUCCUUGGACUAAUGAGGGAGCAAACGGACACGCUCCGGUGCCUUGUUGAUGUUCUGCAGGACCGGAGACAGGAGGACAGAGCCCCGCUGCAGUCUAUCUCUAACCGACCCCCCUCACCCAAAGUCCCAAGAAGGAGGGGCGGCAGGGGCCGUGAAAACAGUCACUCCACUCCUGCAGACUGCUCAAGUAACAGACGGCUCUCAUUCCCAAAGUUUUGAUAAGUCCUUUCCUUCACUCCAAAAGCACCUCACCCAAGCCCCCGUCCCAGUUUCAUCCCCUAACUGUGUAGUUGUUAAUAAAAAAUACGUUUCUGUUCA